AUGCGAAAGGCCAUGAACGUCAUGUACGAAGAACAAUAUGCCAAUGCUCUCAAGUUAAAUAAUUUAUUACUGGAAAGCCCCGGUGAUGAGGUGCAACGCUCGCUGGAGGUGCUCGACCGCGUUCUUUCGGAGUACGAGGAACCGCAGACGCGGGCCACUACGGAGCAGGUGCUCACGCAAGAGGGCGGACAGCCGCGAAGUCCCUCUCAACAUUCCGAAGAUGACGGAUACAUGAGCAUGAAUGGCACGAGCCACCGCACGAAGUUUUGCCCAAACUUUCGCACGACCUUGGAACUAACCGCUACCGAAACAUCAGCGCCUCCGACGGAACCGGAUCUGGUCAGCGAAGGACAAGACACGGAAUCUUGUCCGGAACAAAUCCCCGGAAAAGAUAAUCCGCCCACGCCACAGGAAGCCGAGAGAAUUAUUGCAACGUUAUUACCAUGGUCACCUAAUUACCCAGACAGUCUGAACAGUAUACCUCCAGCACAAAAUGCACCUCCUGCACAACAAGCAACUUUGCCCAAGGUGCGGUGUUCCGAAGCACCAGCUGUACAUCCCUACAAUAGUUUACCGGCAACACGCGCGCCUCCGCCUGCUCUGGGAGUUUGUAUAGCAGCGGUGCACGCUGCAGUCCUGAGCGAGCGCCUGAGACCUAGCGACGCUCCACCAUCUGUACCAAGGGGACCUCCGACACCUGUACUAGGCGCCUUCAAUGAACAUCCCGUUACCAUUUACCCUGGGCCUCGUGAAGGCCGCGUUCUACCCAAAACAUUGGCUGGCAGUUGCGAAAGGCACAGAGAAGUGCGACGUGGUGUCAAUCAGCACAGUCCUUCAUCGCCUCGGGCUGAUGGCAGACCACCACCGAUGCCGACAACACGCAACUUUUCUAGCAGAGUCAAUCCGAGAGCAUCUACGACUGAUUCAGAUGGUGAUUUUUCGGAUGAUUCUCUGGAAGGUUCUGAUUCGUUACCACCACCUCCUCCCCUGGAAAUGACCACUCCACCACCUUUAGAAACGACACCUUCAACCACGCCCUCAUCUUCACCAACUCCUUACCGGCAUCAUCCUCAAAGUAGAUCAAAAACGUUUGCUGAUUUUUCGGCCUUAUGUUCUUCUACACCUAAAGAUUCACCAAUGAAAGAAUCGCCACCCAGAAUCAUUUCUCCACAAGUUAUAUCUCCGAAAUUUGAAAAACCAUUUAUUGUGCCAAAUGAUAGAUAUAAUCGUGAUUUGGUUAGAAACGGAAUGAAAAAGUCGACAUCUCUUGAGAAGGAAAAUAAUACUAGAAAUAAAUAUAAGGCUCCGCAGCCUCCGGUUAGUAAAACGUUCUCGGAUUUCACGGAAGGUGUAGAGAAACUGGAAUCCGCUACAGUUGUUCAAAAAGAUUUUAUUUCAGGGAAUGUGAAGCGAAACAGCAUUGCGUGGGAAGUUCCUUUAGAUGAUUCACAAUGCAAUGUGGUUAGAUCUCGUAGAUCAAUAGCAACUACAAUUACAACAGCACCGUGUCAAACUUCACCACCAGAAGUUUGGCCAGCACCGCCUGACUCACCAGGGUUACCUCCUUCCGAUUCGCCACAAGCAGAUGUCGACUCUACUGGCGACAGUUCAGACGCGACGCCGUGGUCAGGUCGAGGCACUUAUGUGAUAAGAAGACGAAGAGCGAGACCUCCUGUCGCAUUUCAGAGAGAUGAGGAUACUCCUUCGCCUGUUCCUGCAAACCCGCCACUACGAGAAAUCGAAAGUAAUAUAAGCGCCUUGCUGCGUGGUGAACAACUUCCAAGAGGAGGACCAAGGGGUCCUAGGAGAUGUGAAAGCGCGAAGGAAUUACUUUUGCAAAAUCUACCUCCAUUACCUCCAACUCCAAUUGGAUCACCUGAUGCGUUUCCUCCUUUACCGCCCAGUCCAGUACAAGAAGAAGAGGAAGGUACAUCCUUGACUGAAAAUCGAUCUGGAAAGACGGGGAAGGUAUCUACAUUACCUGUACCUGACAGGCCACCGAUGGUGCCGCCGCAUAGAACAUCGCCAUCUAUGCAUGCGUUAAAAACACGGUAA